CAUGCUAUGCUCUAGCUCUAUGGUCUGACAAACUAGCUGCAUGCACACUGGAUUUGGGCCGACAUUGCCAAAAAUGAACCGACUGGGUGAGGUAGUUUUUCCUGUUAGUCGAGUUGUUGGAGAAGAUGACGAUUCUGAUGACGCCGAUACUAAAUGUAGGGCACGAGCUCCUGUGUUUAGAUGGAAUGAAAAACUUCUCAAUGGUGCUAGAAAGCUGGAGUGUGAAUGUCUUCUCAUUGCAAUUGGGCCUGUUGCAUCAGGUUUUAUAGAUAGUUUAUUUGGCUCUGAGGAGAGAGAGACUCUGUGUAGUAUAUCAUGUGAAAGAGAUGAUAAACAGACUAGGAAACAUGCAUCUGAGUCAUCUUCUAUCAUAUGGAGACGGAAGGGAAGAACUUUGUUAGCCUUGUGUCAAUGCAGAGAAACUAUCUCAACCCAACAAACACAUUCAUGGGUGCAUCAGCUAUUUUCAACAGCCAAGCCUUCUACAGUAAUGAUCCUAAGCAGUCAUAGAGUCGGAGAACUAAAAACUGAUUUGGAUCUACUUUCUAGAGGGGAUAGUUAUCCAUUAUUCUCCCUUCGAUCAUCACCUCUUACAACCAGACCGUGCUGUCCAUAUCUAGAGCCUCCUAACACUGUAGGUGGACUAGGAGCAGAAGGUAAGCAAUAUCUAUGUAUCCAUUGUUUUAUGUCAUCACCUCUUACAACCAGACCGUGCUGUCCAUAUCUAGAGCCUCCUAACACUGUAGGUGGACUAGGAGCAGAAGGUAAGCAAUAUCUAUGUAUCCAUUGUUUUAUGUCAUCACCUCUUACAACCAGUGAGUUCUGUCCGUAUCUAGAGCCUCCUAACACUGUAGGUGGACUAGGAGCAGAAGGUAAGCAAUAUCUAUGUAUCCAUUGUUUUAUGUCAUCACCUCUUACAACCAGACCGUGCUGUCCAUAUCUAGAGCCUCCUAACACUGUAGGUGGACUAGGAGCAGAAGGUAAGCAAUAUCUAUGUAUCCAUUGUUUUAUGUCAUCACCUCUUACAACCAGUGAGUGCUGUCCAUAUCUAGAGCCUCCUAACACUGUAGGUGGACUAGGAGCAGAAGGUAAGCAAUAUCUAUGUAUCCAUUGUUUUAUGUCAUCACCACUUACAACCAGUGAGUUCUGUCCGUAUCUAGAGCCUCCUAACACUGUAGGUGGACUAGGUGCAGAAGGUAAGCAAUAUCUAUGUAUCCAUUGUUUUAUGUCAUCACCUCUUACAACCAGUGAGUGCUGUCCAUAUCUAGAGCCUCCUAACACUGUAGGUGGACUAGGAGCAGAAGGUAAGCAAUAUCUAUGUAUCCAUUGUUUUAUGUCAUCACCACUUACAACCAGUGAGUUCUGUCCGUAUCUAGAGCCUCCUAACACUGUAGGUGGACUAGGAGCAGAAGGGAAGCAAUAUCUAUGUAUCCAUUGUUUUAUGUCAUCACCUCUUACAACCAGUGAGUUCUGUCCGUAUCUAGAGCCUCCUAACACUGUAGGUGGACUAGGAGCAGAAGGUAAGCAAUAUCUAUGUAUCCAUUGUUUUAUGUCAUCACCUCUUACUACCAGUGAGUUCUGUCCGUAUCUAGAGCCUCCUUACACUGUAGGUGGACUAGGAGCGGAAGGUAAGCAAUAUCUAUGUAUCCAUUGUUUUAUGUCAUCACCUCUUACAACCAGUGAGUUCUGUCCGUAUCUAGAGCCUCCUUACACUGUAGGUGGACUAGGAGCAGAAGGUAAGCAAUAUCUAUGUAUCCAUUGUUUUAUGUCAUCACCUCUUACAACAUGUGAGUUCUGUCCGUAUCUAGAGCCUCCUUACACUGUAGGUGGACUAGGAGCAGAAGGUAAGCAAUAUCUAUGUAUCCAUUGUUUUAUGUCAUCACCUCUUACAACCAGUGAGUGCUGUCCAUAUCUAGAGCCUCCUUACACUGUAGGUGGACUAGGAGCAGAAGGUAAGCAAUAUCUAUGUAUCCAUUGUUUUAUGUCAUCACCACUUACAACCAGUGAGUUCUGUCCGUAUCUAGAGCCUCCUAACACUGUAGGUGGACUAGGAGCAGAAGGUAAGCAAUAUCUAUGUAUCCAUUGUUUUAUGUCAUCACCACUUACAACCAGUGAGUUCUGUCCGUAUCUAGAGCCUCCUAACACUGUAGGUGGACUAGGAGCAGAAGGUAAGCAAUAUCUAUGUAUCCAUUGUUUUAUGUCAUCACCACUUACAACCAGUGAGUUCUGUCCGUAUCUAGAGCCUCCUAACACUGUAGGUGGACUAGGAGCAGAAGGUAAGCAAUAUCUAUGUAUCCAUUGUUUUAUGUCAUCACCUCUUACAACCAGUGAGUUCUGUCCGUAUCAGAGCCUCCUUACACUGUAGGUGGACUAGGAGCAGAAGGUAAGCAAUAUCUAUGUAUCCAUUGUUUUAUGUCAUCACCUCUUACAACCAGUGAGUUCUGUCCGUAUCUAGAGCCUCCUAACACUGUAGGUGGACUAGGAGCAGAAGGUAAGCAAUAUCUAUGUAUCCAUUGUUUUAUGUCAUCACCUCUUACAACCAGUGAGUUCUGUCCGUAUCUAGAGCCUCCUUACACUGUAGGUGGACUAGGAGCAGAAGGUAAGCAAUAUCUAUGUAUCCAUUGUUUUAUGUCAUCACCUCUUACAACCAGUGAGUUCUGUCCGUAUCUAGAGCCUCCUUACACUGUAGGUGGACAAGGAGCAGAAGGUAACCAAUAUCUAUGUACUUAUAUCUAUAAUUAUAUUGGUUAAAUCUUGACAAUAAUGAAAGGAAAAUUGCCUUCAAAUGCUUACCUAUAAAAAGCUUGGACAGUGGGAAUAGUCUGAAUACUAUUACUGAUAAUAGAGAAAAUAAUUUAGCACAUGAAAGGGUUGAACGGUAGUGCAUUCCCAGGGAAUAAUGUUUUAAUACGCCUGUCCUAGAUGUGACGUAUUAUGGUAUCGGUGUAAGUCCAUUUGUCCUUCCGUCUGUCCGUCAGUUAAGUUUUCCUUGUAAACGUGAUAACUGCAGUUUGACUUAACCUAGGCUCAUAUAAUUCGGUGUGUAUGAUACUAGCAUGGAUCCCAGGAAGCCUAUUGAUUUUGAGGUACAAAGGUCAAGGUCACCCUAACAUGUUUUCAUCUUACCCUUCUGUAGUCCUUGGAAACGCGAUAACUUUAAUUUAACUUAACCUAGGCUGAUAUGAUACUAUUUUCUCGGCAAUUCUUUUGAUUUUGAGGUCAGAUGUUCAAAGGUGAAGUCGCCACCUUCCACUUUUCUUGCUUGACCAAUAACUCCAUUUUCCACUCUACUGGUAGGUGUGUUAUGUGCUCACUUUAGUGACACUCUUUUUUUGGUUGUAAGAGAAAAGCUCUCAUGUUCUGUCCAUUCCUGUGUAUAGAUUUGCUACAUUCAGCCCCCCCCCCCCC